GUUCAAUGUUGUAUGUCACCUGGAUCGUCCAGGCCAUGGUCUGUUGCUAUCGGUUACCUGGUUCGUUCAACGUGGUGUCACCUAUAUCGUUCAGUCUGGAUCUGGCGUUCCUUGUUAACUAGUUCGUCCGGCCAAGAUCGGCAUGGUUACGUGGAUCGUUAAGGUUCAGCUGUCUGAUGGCAGGUCACGUCAUUUUGUCCUUCUUGAGUUCCUAGGUCGUACCAGGCGUUGGGCAACAUCCAGCUCCUUCAAGUUAGCCAUUGCGGCUCCCAUCUCAUGUCACAUCGGGGCUACCAUACCCCGUCCGAGUCUGUCAAGGCCGGGCACGAGCCUUCCGGUCGUUCGUAGGGGUCUCGCGGUCCCCACUCUUCUCACAGCCACGUUUAUUCAGUUUACAAAAAUUUUCCCUCAGAUUCCUAGGAGUGUCUCCAGCCGUCAUAAAAUCCAAAGUAGGCAAAAGUUCUGCAAGGUAAGAUACACGCAACAAGAUCCUAGCAUUGGUAGGUUCUGUUCUUGUUUAUUUCAGUCCAUGUUUUCCUCACCUAGCUCUUAUUGUUGACCUUUCUAUCCGCGGCAAUCCAGAUCAAUUCAUUCUUCACAAGUUCGGUUCAGCCAAAGCGGAUCCAAGAUGUCCCAGUUGUCUGGUACAGAAGACAAUGUGUCUUCCUUAGGCUCAGUAGUCUCAGGUCGCAGCAGCAACAGAUCUCUCCGCAACUGGACCAUUCCAAAGCUAAUUGCUGAGCUAAACAGGAAAGGGAUCCGGUAUCCAUCAUCAGCCAGGAAAGCGGAACUUUAUAGGAUCCUGAUGUCUGAGGCUGGGUCCUCCGAGGAACAAUCUUCCUUGUCAUCUAUACAGCUGUCGCUUUCCCAGCUCCAAGCUUCCAUCAACGGGUUAGUCAACUCAGUCUCGGACAUCCAGUCCAGAGUUGAGGUCCUGGAAGUCCAGCCUUCAACGUCCGGCCAAAGCCAGGCCACCGUAUCAACUCCGGCCGCCCUACAGUCUCUCCAAGGUAUUAAUAUUCCUACCCCCCAAAUUGUCCCAUCCCACUUCCUACCAGAAAGUCUCAAAAAAGAUAUAGUGGCAGGCAAGGACAUAAACCUAGCUUCCAUCCUCAUUGCAUCCCAUGAUGUUGCAGAGAACCGCGUGAUCAACUGUGGGGACGUAUCAAUAGUCAUGAAAGCCAAAGAUGCACGUCUCAGUAGGAAGCUGUCCAUCCCGGAAUUUGUCCUGGCCUUCAGUGUUUAUAGGGAUGUGGUCUGCUCAGCCCAGCCUGACAGAAGGGAGGAAUUGGAUAGAUACCUUUACCGGGUCACCGACCUGGGCCAGAAAUAUGGUGGAUCAGCAUUCUACGAUUAUCACCGGUCCUUCUCCGCCAAAGCAGCAGCAGCGCUCUCCCAGUUCCAGUUUGUCACCAAUUGGGCGGAGAUGGAUACUGAGCUAUUCUGCCGGCACUUCGCGGGGCUCAGGGCCCCCACCUGCUCAAACUGCCAGUCUAUAUUUCAUACAACGGAUUGGUGCCCAAACUACAGUCUUAACACGCCACAAGGUCCAUGGCCCGGCCCCUCCGGCAGUCAGGGCAAUUCCAGUUCAGUGGACAAAUUAGGCCGGCCCAUAGUUUACCUCGGCAAAAGCCAGUUGUGCAACAACUUUAAUCUGGGGAGCUGUGCCUUCAACGCAUGUCGGGCUUUGCACAUCUGCUCGUUGUGUUUCAGAGCUCAUCCUCGCUCCUCGUGCCCUAGGAAAACCUCACAACAACCAUGACUAACCGACAUCAAUGUCGAACUACUGUCGAUUCUCCUAGCCGACCACCCUGAUCGAGCAUUCACUGAAUCCCUGAUAUCCGGUUUCCGCCAAGGGUUUCACACAGGGUUAAUUUCUCUUCCCCAAAGUAACUGGGAGGGUCCUAACCUAAUGUCAGCCAGUCAGGAUCCAGAGGCAGUUAACACAUUGAUCCUAGCAGAGGUCGCCAAAGGUUUCUUGCUAGGCCCCUUCUCCGACGUUCCCUUUCAACACUGGCGCAUCAAUCCCAUCGGUAUUGUAUCAAAACAGUCAUCUAAUAAAAAACGUCUGAUCUAUGAUUUGUCUGCUCCACAUGCUUCGUCCACUCCUAGCCUGAAUUCUCUGAUCCCUUCAGACGAAUUCUCAAUGAGAUACUCUUCCAUUGAUCAAGCAAUCCAGCUCAUUUUGCUCUCAGGCAAGGGUUCUUGGCUCACCAAAGCGGAUAUAGCUGACGCCUUUAAGCUACUGCCCAUUCAGCCACAGCUCUGGGGUUUUUAUGGCAUCAGAUGGUCCAAUAAGUUUUAUUUUGCCAACCGUCUCACGUUCGGUUGCAAAAGCAGUCCUUGGCUUUUUGAUCAGCUAGCUCAAGCUCUUCACUGGAUAUUGGUUCACCACGGGGGUUUGCCAAUGGUCAUCCAUUACUUGGAUGACUUCUUGAUUAUUGAGAAACAGCGUCCCCUCCCAACCGCAUUAAACACUCUGAAGGAGUUAUUUAGUCAGUUACAGGUCCCGUUAGCUCAGAACAAAACAGAAGGGCCAGCUCCACAAGUCACCUUUCUGGGCAUUAUCUUGGACACAGUCCGCAUGGAGGCCAGGCUCCCUUCUGAGAAAUUAAUCAAGAUUCGGUCAGCCAUGAAUAGAGCGGUGCUAAGCAACUCCAUCACCAAAACCGAACUCCAGUCUCUUUUAGGGAUGCUUAAUUUUGCGACCAGGGUCAUGCCGCAAGGGAAAGCAUUCAUGUCAAGGAUGCUGCAACUCCUCCCCGAAGCUCAGGAUCAGGACAGCUCCAUUUUUUUAGAUAGUCACGCCAGAGCAGAUCUAUCCAUGUGGAAUUCCUUUUUGUCAAACUGGAACGGCAUUUCUUUAUUCAUCCCUCCCCGAACCUCACGCUCGCCCAUCAUUUUUUCGGACGCAGCAGGGUCAGUUGGGUUCGCUGCUAUCUUUGGCAAUCAUUGGUUCGCGGGCAGAUGGCCCCCAGAAAUAAGAUCCGAUAUAGAAGCAUUAAAAUCAUCCCCCCUCAUUGAACUAUAUCCCAUAGUGGCAGCGGCCCAAGUUUGGGGUGACCAGUGGGCCA